UUUUCCAUAUUCAUGUAAACUUCACUUUGUUAUAUACCUGGUCGAUCCAUGAAGCUGAACGGCUCAGGGCCCACGAUCGACACGACUCUUGACCAACAAUAGUUUAGUCAGUCAUCCUUCUUUGCAAAAUCGAUCGAAGAUCCCCAACCGCUUUGGAAAAUAUGAACACGAAGCUACGCCUCCCUUUAAAGUUUAUUCUCCGAAACGACGUCGUAUCUAAGCUUAGCCGGCGUCUUUUACACGAAGGACCGGACACCGUAGAGGAGCUCCUAGACCGGCACAUAGUGAAGAAAGACAAAUCCCUCCACGACAACGAAGAAGACGAGCUCGCGAGGCGAAGGAGAUUGACCAGCACGCGCCGGGAGGCACUGAGUCUCUAUCGAGACAUCCUCCGGACUACCCGAUUUUUCAUGUGGUCUGACUCGAAGGGCGUGCUGUGGCGCGAUGUCCUUAGAGAGAACGCCCGGAGGGAAUUCGAGCUUGCCCGCUUCGAAACGGACCCUGAAAUCGUAACCCGUUUGCUCAUCGGAGGCCGUGAUGCUGUGCAGUCGGCUAUAGAUAAACUCGUCGAGAAGCAGAAGCAACUGGUUGAGAAGGAACGCGGUGGUGGAGAUCGACGGUGAUUCUCGCUUCGGGAGUAAUUUUGGUAUUGUUGAUAAUGUGUUUGUUUAUUUGUCUCUGAGAAGAGAAUAUUAUUUUGGGGAUAAAUUUCUUAGCUUGUAAUGAAUACAAACCAUUCUUAGAGCUCGAAACUUUUGUAAUAAUGAUGAUUUCUUGUUUCUUUGAGUUGAGGAGUAUAAUAUGAAUCAUUACUUGAAUUGAAAA